CAAGGAUAUCAAAGUUGUUACGCUUUCAAUAUUCUCAAGCAUCACUCUGGUCUUCAGCCUUCUAGCUCUUUGUUUCUGCAUGAGAAGAAAAGACUUGGUGCAGAGGCCCGGAGGUCGCACGCUCGAAGAUGUCCAGGGGACUGCCACUCAGGACAAUAAGCACAACUUAGCCCGCAGAGAGCAGUAUUACGCCACUGUACGCAAACUGCCGCCUUCCCCUGCACACCUUGAGUGUAUUCCAGAAUAUUCGGAAGACAUACGACCUUACGCUACGUUCCAUGUUUCCUCUGCAGGGGACGACACGAAGCUUCAAACCUUCGCAUACCGAGAAAGUCAACUCUCGCCUAGCAGAAAAUCCACCACCAGAGUCGGUGAGGACUAUUGCAGGGUCAAAAAGGCUCGGUCGAGGUCGAGUGAGGACUACGACAGCUACGGCUCAGAGUCCGACACGGAACCUGGAACCUCGAGUAGAACCGAGUCUUCGAACCAGCUGGACGAGCGAGGAGGGUUCCAGAGCCACGGCCACGGUCACGGGCACCACCGCAAGCACGGCUCAGGCCAGAGUGCGGCAGCGGCCGUAUCCACCCACGAGCCCGUGUUCCCGGACUGGGCUCAGUCACAGUCCCCCAACCAUGCGCGAUCCCAGUACCAGAGACGCUAUUACCACCCUCAUCAACUUAAGUAAACAGGAGACUGAACUGUACGCUUAGUAUAUCGUUUAAGUAAGUGCAGUAGAUUUUAUUGAUCUCUUAUAAAUUAUUAUUGGUACGCCAAUAACAAAUUCAAAGUUGGUGAUCAAAUUAUCGUCUUAUAGUACGACAUGAAGCAUAUUCAAUUCAGACUGCAAUAUAGUUUUGGUGCAAAAACCCGACUUUUUGAGAGAAAGAAUAUCACUUAAAUGUUGACUUCCUGCAAUUGCGUGUAGUAGCGCGGUUCAGUUACAACACUUUGUCUCAAUGUCGAGUGGAAUUAACGUUCUUUGAAUUUAUGUUAUUUAUUUAUAUUAUUAAAAAUUAGUACAUUUAUACAAUUUAUCACAUAUUGAAACGUUGAAUCCGCUCAUUCAUAACUAAUCUGAAAGUAGCUUUACAUCAUGAUCAAUAAAAAUCUACUGUAUUCGUAUUGAUAACUGGUUUGAUUCUCUGUUUUUCGCUUUGAGAAUUAUCGCACCUUGUCUAAGCAGGUGCGUAAAAAAACAACCACUAUAUUAUAAAAAUGUGAUACUAUGAAAAAUAUGAUUUAGUUCAUUUGUUACGUAAUUAUAAACUCAUCAAAUAACUAAUAUUUCGAAAGCAAAAUUUGGAAUUCUUAGAAUACCCUUUAUAUAUAAAACUUUGCUAUGGUACGUUGAGAAUGAAAUGCUUUUCCAUUAAAAACGCUAUGAUUGCUAAAAUUAUUUUAUUUGUGAUACCAAAUAUUUAUAUCUUGUUUUAAUUAUUUAAAAUAUGUAUAUCUAAGUGAAUACGAAUAAAGUUAAAUUUAGAAUAGGAAUUGCAAAAUGAGGGUCCCAUUACGUGGCUUCCAACAUCAAAUACAAGCCUAAGUCAUUUCUCAACAGCUACAACCUCCCAUGCGUAUGGAAGUGACACCAGACACCAGAAUAUCUAUUUAAGACUUAAAUAUACAUAGCAGCCUGAGGCUCCUACGAAGCAAUGCCCUGACAAAAUGUGAUCUAAAUUACAAGUUACUUCACGUUAAAAAAUGUAUAAUGUUCUUAACGGCGUUUUGGUUUAUUUUCAAUCAAUUGGCAGAUAAAUGAACACUGUUUCCGAUGCUACAUUGCCCACACCCAAAUAAAUACCCCUGAGUAUGAAAAAGAAAAAAUUUUGAACUCCGUGAACUAUAUAAUAUAGCUUAUAUCAUGUAGUUUCAAUUCCUUAGCUCUGUGGAGAUAAGCUGUUUCAAACACGAUUUGACAGGUCUGGAAAUUCCAAGGCUAUUCUGUGUACAAGUAUUCCAACAAAUUCAAACAGCAAUAACAAAGUUUGGUUUCUGUUUCAAGAAGGCGUCUGCAAAAUGUAAAACAACAUAUAUCUUGUAAAACAUCUGGUGACCUAUCUUAUUAAAUCCUAGCUCCUUCUAAAAUAAUGAAAUACAUUAAAUUCGUGUGAAAACAUCUAGGUUCGGUCCGAUUUGGUUUUUUCUGAUAUCACCAAGGAAUCAAAGACUGAAUUCCUUAGUAAUUUCGUGGGUUACCGUUGGGGAUUCUUGAUUUUAUGAGGAAGAGCCAUUUAGAUGUUAUUAACAAAAUUCAAAACAGAAACUGUCAGCCUUACAACUCAAUAUCCAAUAGCGGGCGAGUAUCUACAAUAUACAAUAUUAGUCGGCGGUUGAUCGUCUUAACUUGUUAUGGCAGAUUAAACCACAUCUAUAACUAAUGAGUACUAGAGAAAAGUUAACACUUCGUAGACAAAUCUCUUGUACUGCUUUUCUUAGACUGGAACAGAAUUAGGGAAGUGAAGUAUUAACAUAGCGUUGAACACAGCUUUUGAGUUACUGACAACUGUACUGUCAGUAGUAGUUGCAGUUGCGGGACAAAGGAAGGGUCAGAAUUGAUCUGCAUAUUUCCAUAAGUUUAUCGGUUAUACUUUGGGCCUCGUGUAACACUUCUAGGCAUGUUUCGUCCUACAUCCUUAAUAUAAUACGUUGCAGUUUUACUUAUUCCUCAGACUAACAUAAACAUUUUUGUUAUUAAUUAUUAUCUUCUUAUAAGUGUAAUAAUCUACAUUUAAUUUGGCUGUGUCCUUAUAGAAUAUGUUGUUUAAUUAAAACGCAAAACAGAGAAUAAAACAAUGUACUAAAUUUUGAGUGUAAUUAGGCUAUUAUAUUGUGUAAGAUUAAGAUUUGAUACAUGGCAGACAUAUUUCACUAACUAAAGUUUGUAUGUAUGUAGAUAGGUUGUAUAUACAUUAUAAGGUGUACAUGUCACACUAAGUUCUCCUUUCAUCUGGAUUAUUGUUGUAUUUGUAAAUGAAUGGGCAUUUUGUGAAUAAUUGCAUGCAACCAUUAUUCUUUGCUACGGUUAAACUCAAUAUAUUUUACAGAACAAAUUCGCUUCUACAUUGUCAUUUUUUCUUUGCAAGACACGUAGAACUCUUUGAAUUUUCCAUGUGUAUUUUUGGAUGUUUCCACACUGACCAAUUAGAAUCUAGUGAACAGCACAAGUAAGCAACGUGAGAAAACACUUUGAUGUGAAUAAGUCGUGAUAGAUUGCCAAGUGAAUAUUUAAUAUCCAUUAACCUUUCUAAAUUAAGUGAUUAAGUGUUCUAUACAUGAGUUUCAAUCUUUUCAUCUACUCUGUAUGAAAUCGCAUUUCGGAUUCUAUUAAUUUUCAUUAAAAAUUCUCAAAUUUAAAUUUCGGAUAUUAUGUUAUGUUGCAAAAGGUUGAGAAUAUUUUUAUGGCACCAAGAUUAAAAUCAUUUUACAUUCAAAAAUUUUAACUAUCCUAACUUAUAGUUGGAUUCACCAAAAGUUCUAUAGUUGAUAUAUACAAUAAAGUGAUAUUUUUUACUAUCAACAACAAUGAGCAUACCUUUUUCGAAUGUAGUAAUGUUUCACUUGAAACACCUCACCUCCCUCUUCUUGGGAAUUAAAGGAAAAGCAUAUUCAGUAUAACAUGUUUAGAUCCAACAAUAGUAUAAUCUGUAACUAUUAUGUUUAAUAUAUUAGUGUUCAAAAUAGUUUAUACAUACAGAGUAUAUAUAACAAAAUAAAAGAGUGUAUAUACAUAUAUAUAUAUAUAUAUAUAUAUAUAUAUAUAUAUACAUAUGAUUUUUACAAGUUUUGCCGUUUAUCCAUACAUCCGCGACAUUUAAAGUGUUAAAAUAUAAAUUUAAAUGUGCACUCCAUCUAAAAAGUAAAUGAUAAAAGAGAUGUUCAAUUACAAAUUUCAUUCACUUCUAAAUUUCUAUUUAAAUAAGUUCAUUUUAUUAUUUUGAUCCCACAAUGGUAUUGAAAAUCGCCAAUUACGAAUAAAAUAAAUAAUUCCAAUAUUUAAUGUAUUUAAUAUAAUAUUUAAUUAGUUUCUAUAUUUUUUUAUCCUUUUUAAAUUUUUGUUAUACUGUAUAUGUUUUAUACAUGUAAGGUUUUUAGAUGCCAAAAGCAGUGACCCUUUUCUUCCUCACACCUAAUCUUACUCAGUAUUUGUGUCUUUAAGAAUGAUUUGCCAUGAUCGGGCAUUACAGAUGGUCAUGAAAGAGCUUUUUAAUACAUUACAUGUGUUGCGUAUGAACUUAUACGUGCACUUAGCUUUUCUACAAUUUAUAAUAUUUUAUAAUGCUUGAAUAAUGUCUUUAGAAAAAACUAGCCUACGGAUAUAAAAAAUGGUGCUAUUUGUAGGAAUGUUUUACUAUUAUUUACACAGUACGUAGAUUUUCAGGUUUAAAGUCUCAGUUGUCAAGAAGUUUGACUGCUGUAAAAUAAUUAAUAACAGUAUCAAAAUAAAGCUAUAAGGGAUGACUUUGAGUUUAAAUCUAUACAUUGAUUUUUAAUUAUUUUUAAAACGCUAAAUAAUUUCAAAUAACAUUUUAAUAAACAAACAAAUAUUUUUUUGUUUAAAAAUCUAGAUUUCCCGUUUUCUCUGUCAUUGCUAACUAGAGUUGUGGAUGAAUGUUACAUUGAAUUAUGCUGUGAUUUCAUGUAGUCAUGAUCCCAUGUUAUGUUAUAUCUUUACAUUAAACAUUUUCAUUUUCUAAUUGGACUCAACUAAAUAAGAAUACGUUUGAAACAAUCCCUCUAAAAAUUACCUGCAGGAAUAAGUGACAAAUUUAACACCAUGAUAUAAUUACCUACACUUCAAACUACGUGCAGUCAUAACUUUUAUUUUGGUUCUUACAAUAAACCAUACAAUUUUAGGUUUGGCUUAAGUAUCCGUUGCUUUCAAACAAGUAAAACCAUUUCCUUCCUUGAUUGUUCCGUGUUACUGAGAAAUAAGUUUCUUGUAAUUUAAUUUGUAAGAAGUCAUAAAAAUAUCCAUAAUAUCGCUUUGAUUACCAUGGAUGCAGUACUAUUUUUCUGCAUUAUGGAGCUUUGGAAGGUAUCAGUAUGGGUGUUCUGUUCUCAAGAAUCCCUAUAUCUUUUAGCAUACUGACAAACAGUACGAAAUGACUUUUCAGUUGCUUAAGAACAUAACGUAAACCUUGUUUUAAAAACCAAUUUAGCUAAGCCUUUCAGAAAUUUUUUGUUUCGUUACCGUUGGACUGGAAUAAGUUUAUGACUUGACCUGUCAACAAGACAAAACCGAAAGUAUUUUGGCCUUUAAUACAAUAUGCUGAAAACUAACCCAUCUAAUAAAAUGAGGAAACCUUUAUAUGAGCGUUAUAUUAUAGGGUUAGAUGAACCACAAUGCAUUGAACUAACAGAGAAUUUGGGAUAUUUUAGGUUUAUUUAGGCAACAAGCGUUUUAUUUAAGACAUACUGUGUACUGAAAGUUUUACAUUUAUUUUUAAACGUGAUAGAAGUUGUUUAAAUUUUUGUCUAAGUACAUAUUAAACAUGAAUAACUGGUUUAAGAAUUACACUGCCCAAUCUAUGUAAGAUAAAAAUACUUAUAGUAACCGUUAAUCUGGAUUCGCAUACUAAAAGUCUUUAAAAAAAUAAUCCAAUAAUCUCUACAUAGAAAUAUUCAGAAGAAUUUAAUAUAUUUGUAAAUUUCGUUUCUAUAAUUGCUUAUUCAACUUCGUUAGUACAAAUAGGUACGUGGAAGUGAUACUAUAUUUCUAAUGUUUAUUCAGUUUUAACCAAAAGAUUAUAACACCUUAUUUGAGUAAACACUUAAACACAGUUAUUGUGAGUAAAUCGCAUAUUCCAUUCUUAUUUAAUAUUUUAAAUUAAUUAUAAUAUGAUGUUGCGAUCUAAUAGAUGGAUAUUCCUUAAAACAUUUUGACCUUAGGUUAUGUUUUACCUAAAAAGAGGAGCAACGGAUAAUUAAAAUUCCCUCUUUUUAAAAUUCAAUAUCCUUAAGUAAUGUAACGAAAACCUGGUAAAGACUGAACACAAAUUUUUUAAUUUGUUUUAAUAGUACCACUUUUAAACACAUAUUACGGUUUAAAUUAGCUAGUCUGGUCUGUAAGAGAAAGAAAAACAGGUAACAAGGUUAAAAUCUUCACACAAAGUUUACUAAUGUUUAAUUAUAGACUUCGAGUGUAUUUCUUUUGAAGUUAUAUUUUAAAUGUUCCUUUUAGGUUUUCUUUCAUUUUAAUACAUGCAAUGGUUGUAUAAGAUGUACUAUAGUAUAAUGUUUGAACCUUACACAAAAAUAUCUAUGAAUUUAUUUUAUCAAUUCUUUCUUAAUGGAAUUAUUUGCUUAUUACAAAUUUAGAAUGACUUGAGUGUUUAUAAUAGAUUAUCCGGUCCAAUAAGGCUGAAAUCUAACAUAGGUGUAUUGCUGUUAUUGGAAGUUAAGUUUUAUAGUGCAAAUGAUUUGUAAGCUUUGUUUUUUUUCAUAUACAAGUAAUAUAUAAAUGUUCCAGUCAUACAUGUUUCCUUGCUCAUUAAGUUUGCUCACGAAUAAGGGAACACGUACUUUACAAACUAGCGUUUAUAUAUAUGUUUUGUUAUUACUUUGUAAUUUUGUAAAUAUAUGUCAAGUGUAUGGGUGUUGGAUAAAACUAAACUGCUGUGGCUAUUUGGCAAGAGUGAUGUACAGUUGAGGGGAAUGUCAAGAUUGUAUAUAAGGAGAGUUUAAUAACGCAAGGGUAGUAUAUUGGGCAAUUUCAAAUUUAAUACAAAUAUAUAUAUACAUAUAUUGUAUGUUAAAAGUUCAUGUUUGAAGUUAAUGAAAUACGUUUAUUCAUUGAAAUAUAUACACGUCACAUUAAUUUUAUGAAACUUAUUGAUAUUUAAAAAUGUAAAAUAGUUUAACAAAUGUUUGUUGCAAGACCAAAAGUUUCCAAUGCAAAAUGGAUGUAUGUGUGUUAAAUAAUGAUUAUAUGCCUUUUACGUUUAUGUACAUUAUGCAUUUAUGCGCAUAAUACAAUGUUUGUUGAAUAUAGGUUUAUGUAUUACAAAGUAUAAUACACAUUGUUGAAUCCCUAUUUUUAUAAUAUAUUAGCUAAAUUUAAGAAUUGUCUUACACAAAAACACCACACAAAUAUUUAGGCUAAAUAUAACGUAUUUAUGGAUUUUGGUGUGGUAUUACGUUGCCAAAUAUGUAAUUACGCAUUCAAUAAUUUCCAGAAUUCUUGUACAGAGUACUUAUGAUUGAUUUGAUUAGUUCUCUAAACUAAAUCUGAUGAAAAUAUGUCUAAUAGAAGGUGUAAGUAUAAAUUACAAGAAACACGUCUAUCACAUGUUUUUCUCAAGUGUUCCCACCAUGGAUUCUAUAAUACUGAACGAAUAUAAUGGUUAUUUUAAAAAGUGUUUAAAAAUAAUAUAAGAACUUUUGACAUUAUCAUUAAUGGGAGAAAAACUCUGUAAGUCAACACAUAAACUGUAACACAGUUUAUUCCAUCGGUGAAUUUUACCGUUAUCAAAGUAUUAUCUCAUAACAAGCAUAUGGAAAAUAUUAAAUUUAGAGUAAGUCAGACUGCACUGAAGUUUUGAAGAAUAAAACUUAUUCCAUUGGCAUACUACUUUUACCCUCAAAUCUUAAAUAACGGGAACGAUAAAGUUAUUGUUCACUCAGAUCUUGUCAUUAGCAAACGCUACAUUUUAUUUAUAUAACUUAUUAAAUUUUACAUAUAACUUCAUCCAAGCUAGUUAUAUAAACAAUGUCUAAAACCUAUGUUUAUACGAAACAAUUUUCUCUGAGGUUGCUAUGUAAAUGUGAACAAAGUGGACAUUUUCAGUAUGAGAGAAAACCCGUUAUUUUGAAGAUUUUUAAGACUGAUUUUGAAUUAUAGAUGGACAAAUGACGUGAUGUUGCCACAACAUUUUAAAAUCUAUUUGGUAACCAAACACACCCCGUACUGAAGUGGUGAACUGAACAUUGUAUAGUGCCACUUGAUAUCGCAUAGAUUUCUAUCUGACAACAUGCAUCGGUACUCACGAGGUAUUUGGCAUACCAUAUGAACGCAAGUGGCAUGCAACUCGUAACCUCAAUGCCUCAACCAGGCAUUAUACUUUGACCAGCAGAGCUGCAAUACAUUGUCAGUAAAAUAAAUUUAAAAACAUUAUUUUAUUUACUUCAAUUAGUUUAUAAUUUCACGGAAAAUUUUUAAUUCAUGCUGGGCACUAAGGAAACACCUUAUACAAGACCAACUGUAAAGUAUAUUUAUUAUAGUUUACGUAAUUAUAAAAAAAGUAAAUUACAAGAAUUUACCUGACUAAAGUCAAAGAGGAAAGAAUUCAACAAUUGUCAAAGUUGUGUGUCUUAGAACAGUUCAGCAAAGAGUUCAGUUUGGUUUGUAAUCGCUUUAAGCGAAUACCGAUGUUAAAGAAUUUAUCUGUAAAUUAAAAUGAUAUUUUAAAUAUAAAAUUUGUGUCACCUGUA